AUGGAAAAAUCUCCAUUUGAGAAGGAAUUUUAAAAGAGGAUAUAUAACUUACCUGUAGGUUAAAAACCUGCAGACUCAACAUUUACUAUGAGAAAUCCUUAAUCUUUAAGUUAGCUUUUAUAUAAACCACAUCCAAAUAUUAAUAAUCUCUAAGAUGUUAUUACCUUCAGACUGAAGUAAAAUGGUUUAUCAGAAUUUGUAGGAAAGAAAAAUCAUAAAACAGGGAUUUAUGAGUAUGAAAGCUUCAAUAAAAUAUUUAAUUAAGCAGUUUGCUUGGGAUCUAUUAUUGAAAAUAUGAGCUUUUUAAAGAUAACAGAUGAACAAAAGAAAUUUAGAUUUUAUAGCAAUUUAAAUUAAAAUUUUAAUGGAGUCAUUAAAUUGAUAGGUUUGUACUGCAAAAAUAGACUUGAAUGGACAAUAUGUGAUAUGGCUAACGCCUUGUAUGGAUAUACUAUGGUUCCUAUUUAAGAAUCUCUUGGCUUUGAUUCUGUUAGCUAUAUUUUAGCUCAUUCAGGCUUAACCACUUGUAUUUGUUCUACUUAAUCUGUAGAGAUUUUAAUUUAAAAAGAUUAAUUCCAAAAUUUAAAAAACAUAAUUUUGCUUGACGAUGACCAUGAUUUAAAGAUUAAAGAGGUCUUAGAAGAUAGAGGUAUUAAAAUAUAUCAAUUUUAGCAUUUGAUAGAGUAAGGAAAAAUAAAUAAAGUUCCUCUUCCUAAGAACUUACCGACUGAUACUAUUUUUAGCUUAUGCUAUACAUCAGGGACAACUGGAAAUCCUAAAGCUGCUAUGAUCACUCAUAGAAAUAUGAUUGCCACUAUUAAAAAUUAGUAGCAUUUUAUAUUUUAAUAAAAUGAAAGUGAUACUCAUAUAAGCUAUUUACCUUUGUAGCAUAUAUAUGAGAGGUUUAGAUCAAUUACUUGUUGGUACACUGGCACUAAAAUAGCCUAUUCAAGUGGAAAUAUACUUAAAUUAAAAGAAGAUAUAGCUGAUAUUUAACCUACUUUUUUAGUAUUUGUUCCAAGAUUAAUGAAUAAAUACUUUAGUGAAAUCAAUUAAAUUAUUAAAGAUCUUCCAAAAGAAGAGUAAAGCUAAAUUUGUAGAGCAAUUGAAGAAAAAUUAAGUAAUUUAAAAGAUGAAUAGAAGUACACUUUUAAACAUUCAUUGUAUGAUGAACCUUUUUUCAGUAAAUUUAGAGAUAUCUUUGGAGGAAAAAUAAAAAAUAUCAGCAGUGGAUCAGCCCCUAUUUCUUAAGAAGUUAUAGACUUUUUAAAAGUUGUAUUAUGUUGUAAUGUCUCUUAGGGUUAUGGGCUAACAGAGAGCUGUGGAAUGGCUACUAGCUAAAUCUCAGGAGUUUAAAUUGAGAAUUAAGUUGGAGGAGUAACUGUAAGUAAUGAACUUAAAUUAGUAGAUGUACCUGAAAUGGGUUACUUUACAACAGAUAAAAAUUAAAGAGGGAUAGCCACUCCAAGAGGAGAAAUAUGUCUUAGAGGGCAUAAUAUAUUUGCAGGAUAUUUUAAAGAUGACUAAAAAACAGAAGAAACCUUUGACUAAGAAAAUUGGCUACAUACAGGCGAUAUUGGAGUUAUCUUACCUAAUGGAGCUUUAAGAAUUAUUGAUAGAAAGAAAAACCUUUUUAAACUUCAACAAGGAGAAUAUAUAUCUCCAGAAAAAGUUGAAAAUAUUUAUAUCAGGGUUAGAGGAGUUUAAGAAGUAUUUAUUUAUGGUGAUCCUUUCUAAAGAUAUUGUGUUGCGAUAAUAGUUCCAAAUCCAGAAGAAUUAAUAAAAAUAGCAAAUUAAUUAAACAUAAAAGAAACUAACCUACAAAAUUUAUGCUAAAAUCAACUUGUUAAUAGUUUCUAUUUGGAAAAUUUGCAGCAAUUUGGGAGGAAAGAAGGUUUAAUAUCUUAUGAGUAAGCAAAGAAAAUUUAUCUUGAGCCUGUCUCUUUUGCAUAGCAUGGAUGUUUAACACAAAGUAUGAAACUUUAGCGCCAUAUAGCAAAGAAAGUAUUUUAAAAAGUGCUAGAUAAUCUCUACAGCUCUGAUAUUCUACCUGAUAAAACACCUCGUUUGUGA